AAAACCCAUAAGGUCAGCCCCGACCCAUCCACCUCUUUCCUCUUCUUCCUCUUCUUCUUCUUCUUCUGUUUAUGAGUUUGAGCUGCAAUUCUGUACCAGAGGCUGAGCCCAUGGAACCAGAGACUCCAGAUGAAAUUCGCCGAGCUUCGCUGGACUUCGAUCACUGGACCUCACUCAUUUCGCAGAUAGAGAAUUCAUAUCCCGAUGACGUAGAGAAAAUAUGUUCAGUGUAUGAUUCUUUCUUGGCCGAGUUUCCGUUGUGCCAUGGAUAUUGGAGGAGGUAUGCUGAGCAUAAGAUGCGUUUGUGCUCCAUUGACAAGGUUGUUGAGGUCUUUGAACGAGCUCUGCAAGCUGCAACCUACUGUGUCCCGCUGUGGGUGGAUUACUGUGUCUUCAGUAUGUCCUUUUUCGAAGAUCCUUCCGAUAUUCGCAGACUAUUUAAAAGAGGGAUGUCCUUUGUUCGAAAGGACUAUGGGUGCUAUACUUUGUGGGACAAAUACAUUGAAUUUGAGUACUCUCAGCAGGAAUGGAGUUCACUGGCCCUGAUUUACAUCCAAGCUCUUAGAUUCCCUACCAAGAAGUUGCAUAUUUAUUAUGCGAGUUUGAAGAAGUUGGCUACCUUGUUUGAAGAGGAGAUGAAAAGCCAGAGUAAUUCUACUGUGGAUUUGCAGUCAGAAGCUUUAUUUGAUGGUGAAGUCCCUAGGUUUUUUGGAGAUGAUGAAAUUUCUCUUGUAGUCAAAGACCUUCUGGAUCCAGCAAUUGGCUCAGGAAGGUCUAAAGCACUGCAAAGAUACAUAUGUAUUGGGAAACAGUUGUAUCACGAAGCAUGCCAGCUUGAUGAAAAGAUUGGUACUUUUGAGAUUAAUAUAAGGAGGUCUUACUUCCAUGUAAAGGAGCUUGAUGCGGGUCAGUUGGAGAAUUGGCAUCGCUAUCUGGACCAUGUUGAGAUGCAAGGGGAUUUUGAUUGGGCAGUGAAGCUUUACGAGAGGUGCUUGAUUCCCUGUGCUAAUUACCCCGAGUUUUGGAUGCGUUAUGUGGAUUUCAUGGAAAUCAAUGGAGGAAGAGAAAUUGCAAACUAUUCUCUUGACCGAGCAACCCAAAUAUUUGUGAAGAGAGUGUCGGUGAUUCAUCUUUUGAAUGCCAAGUUUAAGGAGCAAAUAGGAGAUGUACUUGGUGCCCGUGCGGCUCUUCUUCAAUGUAAUGCAGAGUCAGAUACACACUUCGUUAAGAAUGUUAUCUUAAAGGCUAAUAUGGAAAAACGUUUGGGAAAUUUCACAGCAGCUUCCACUAUAUUCAGAGAAGCUCUAGCAAUGGCUGCAGAGAAGAAACAGUCGCAUACUCUUCCUAUUCUAUAUGUUCAUUUCUCUCGCCUUACAUUCAUGAUGACUGAUAGUGCAGAUGCUGCACGAGAUGUCUUGAUAGAUGGCAUCAAACAAUUGCCUCACUGCAAAGUACUUCUAGAGGAGUUGAUAAAGUUUGCAAUGAUGAAUGGAGGGAAGCAGCACAUAAAUGUGAUAGACUCUGUUGUAACCCGUGCUAUAUCUCAGGAAUCAGGAGUAUGCAAUGGUCUGAAUGCAAAAGAUGCUGAGGAUAUUUCAAGCUUAUUUUUAGAGUUUGUUGACCUCUGUGGAACCAUCCAUGAAGUAAGAAAGGUGUGGACUCGGCAUGUACGAUUGUUCCCUUCUUCCAUUAGGCCAUCUUCCUUGGGUCAGCAGUCUGCCUUUAAUGUUUAUGAUCAGCAAGCUACAUUCACAAAGUCUUUGAAUUUGUCUAGAGAAAAAGAGGAAACUUCUGCUGCUAUGACUCAGCAGCCAUCUAGAGAUUGUACUUCUGACUCCAUGAUUGAGCUCCCGUUGCAUGAUGAAGAAAUGUUAUUGCCAGAAAAUCAUACUAAAGAGUGUGGCCAGGCAUACCAGCUAUCAGACCAGACAUUGUCAUCAAAACAAUUUGAAAAUCUACAGGAAAGAUUGCAGCUAACAUCUCCGGAAGUUUCAAGAGAGCAGUCCCCAGCUAAUGCACCAGAAGCAUAUAUAUCCUCCACCGUGGUAGAAGUGAAUCUGGUAUCUCAGGAAGUAUCUGACGAGGCCCCAGAAAAUGCCCCUGUAGCAGAAGUGAAACAGGUAUCCCGGGAAGUUUCUGAAGAGGCUGCAGAAGUGAAAAAGGUAUCUCGGGAAGUUUCUGAGGAGCCCACAGAAAAUAUCCUUGUAGUAGAAGAGGAAAAAGUAUCUCAGGAAGUUUCCGAGGAGGCCAGAGAAAACAUCCCUAAACCAAAGAUGUCGUCUGUAGAAUUAGGAUUUCAAGUUGCUGAAGGAAAUGAUUCUAUAGAAUCUUCACAAGAAAACACCAUGGGAAGCAAUGCUGAUCGAGAGUGUGACUAUAAGAGUGAACAAGACCCAAAGCCACUGUCCUUGGAGAGUCUUUCUUUGAAUUCCCAGGAAAAUACAAAUUUGGAUUUAGUAUCCUGCACUUCUCCCAAGUCUGAAGCUUCUCCAGAAACCUGUACUUCAAAUGGAAAGAAGCUAGAAAGUGAUUGCAACUCUGAUCAAGACUCUUAUAUGCACAACCCACGAAAUGGUAGAUCGUUAGAAUCAGCUGGAAAUGAAUUAGUCAAUGCUAUGCCUAUCCCGGUGUUUUCUCAGCCGCCUGCAAAUAGUUAUGGAGACUGGAGUCAAAUUAAUCGUUCUGAUAAAGUUGGUAAAGAUUCCAAAUUGGGCUUUCGGAUGCAGUUACAAAGAAAAUCACAUCCACAGCAGCAUGUUCCUCCACAGAAAUACCCGCGAACUGAAGCAGGUCAUCCAAUGCCUGCGAGUCAAGGUCACCCCUCUAUAUUAGCACCUUUACAAAACCAACAAAUUCAGCAAGGCAGCCAGCAGGCCCAGCAUCACAAUCAGUAUCAGGUAGCAAGUGGUCAUGCUAAUAUAGCAGCACCUAAUUCCGGGCCUAUACCAAAUGUACAAGCCGCCAAUGAUGCCUCUUCAUCUCAGUCUCUAUUGCCUGUCCAACCUGUUGCUCCACAGAUGCCUCAGUCAUCAGUAUUAGGCAAUGGGCAGUAUGCGAUGCAGAAUCCUCAAGCAUAUAAUCAGAUGUGGCAAUAUUAUUACUACCAGCAGCAGCAAUCCCUUCUGCAACCACAGCAGCAUCAUCCCCAGAAGCAGCAGCAGCAGUUGUUAUUGCAACAGUAUCAGCAGCAGCAGCAACUUCAACAAUAUUAUGUUCAGAUGCAACAGCAACAACUUCUUUUCCAACAACAGCAGCAAAUUCAACUAACACAGCAACAACUUCCUUUGCAACAACAGCAACAACUUCCUUUGCAACAACAACAGCAAUCUCAAGUACUAAAGCAGCUUCCUUUGCAAGAGCAGCAGCAAUUUCAGCAACUACAGCAACAAAUUCAGCAAUUUCAACAACUGCAGCAACAACUUCCUGUGCAACAACAACAACAAUUUCCGUCGCAACAACAAUACAAUCCGCAAUUGCAAUUACAACAACAGCAUCCAUUCUAUGUGCAUAAGCAUCAACAGCCACUCCAACAACAAUCACAUCUACAGGAACAACAUCAAAUCAAUCAGUCAUCAAUUCAGCAGAACUACUCACACCAUCAGGAUCAAGCACAAAAUUCAGAUAUUCAUGGUGGGACAGUCAUAUCCUCCUUAUCUCCUCACAGCCCAGUAGAACCUCCCCAGAAGUGAAGGCAGAUGCCAUUUGCUUUUUAUCUACUUGAUGAGGCAACUCAGUGGGUGCCUUCGAAUAUGGAGAAUUGCAAUCUCUAUUUGAAUGUCGUUCUUGUACAAAAUUAAAUCUUAAAUGCUGGGCUAAUAUAUAUUCCUGCCUUCUGAUUUAUUUGAAUUGCAAUCUUUAUGUCA